AUGCCGCUGUCCAUCCGGCAGAGAGUGGAGACCUUUGGGGCGGCGGCAGCAGCUGGGAGGAGCGCAGAGCGGGCAAGCGCGGAGGACUUCCACCGCCAGAGCGCCUACGCAAACCUGUCGGCCGUGGUCUCUGGCGGCGGUUGCCUGCCCGAGGCGGCGCGGCAGCGAGAGGCGCACCCGGGCCUCCGCGCCGCGUGCGGCCUGGGCUGCCGCGAGCACGAGGCGCUGCUGGAGGAGGUCUUCGAGCCCUGGUGGGACCACCGCUUGCCGCAGGAAGCUUUGAUGGACUCCUGCAGCAUGUCGAAGAGAAGGUAUGAGCUAAGCUUCAUCGCCGCGAUUUCCAGGGGGCGGGUGCUGUACCGCUGCUGCGCAAAGGUGCCCGUGGCCCGCCACUGGCCGCACCGCCUCGGGGGGAGCGAGCACGAGGAGCAGGUCGAGGGAGGGCGGGCGUCGCGGUUGCGGCGGGGCGGCUCGCGCGGGGAGCGGCCGCUCGCGGCGGCGCGGGGUCGCGAAGGGUGUCUGGGGCCCGCCCUGGCCGCACGCGUCGUGGCUGCGGCGAGGCGGCUUGGACGCCUCUCCCUGCGCGCGCCGCUGGAGGCCUGGGCCGGGCCGCUGGAUGGCGACAUCGUGACCAGCAGUGUCAAGGUGGCGUCAGCGCGCAGCGCCUUCUGGGCUUACAGCACGGGUUGGACCUGGGCCAGCCGCCGCAAGCCGUACUGCGGGCUGUGCGGCACCCCGCAUCCAGGUGCGGUCCGCAACUCGACGUACGCACCUGGAAGACUCGACUGGCCACUGUCGCUGCAAUCGCCUUCCGAGGUGGCCGCCGUGGGAGCAGCGGCCGCGUCCUUGUGGGGCGCCCGGGGCCUGCUGCCGUGCCUCGCCGCCAGGCCUCUCACGCCCGCGGCGCCGCCCCUGCGCAGAGCCCCAGCGAGCCCCGGCGCGCCCGCGUCCGCCCUCGCGGCGGGCUCGCCGCGCGGUGCCCCCCGAUCCGGCGGGCCGCCCGGGGCUCCAGGAGCGCGGGUGCGGCGGCACGCGCAGGGCGACAUCCGCAACCCGGAGACAGGCAAAAAUCUCUUCGAGGGGAGCGUGAAGUCUUACAACGAGCAGAAAGGCUUUGGCUUCAUCAGCUCGGAGCAGGUGAAGAAGCUGUUCAAUGGGAGGGACGCGUUUCUGCACAAGGACCAGGCCGCCGGACUCCGCCAGGGCGACCGCGUCGUCUUCGCCAUAGAGAUGAACAGGAACAACCAGCCGCAGGCCAGAGAGGUGCAGAAGCAGGACCUCGCCGCCCCCGUCGACUUGACGGAGGAAAUCGAGGACGCUUGGGCCGCAGCUGCCGCGGAGGGCGCCUGGGAGGCCGCGGAGGCCGCCGCGGAGGCCACCACGGAGGCCACCUCGGUGGCCGCCGAGGAUCUGGCCGAAGACCUGCCCGAGCGGGCGGCCGAGGCCGAGAAGCUUGCCGCCGCGGCCGUGAAAACGGCGCCGGCAGCGGCCAAGCCGGAGGCCCCCGUGCGAGAGGUCCCCCUGACCGCAGAGGAGAAGGCCGCGGAGAAGAGCCAGGCUGACAGGAUAGGCCUCGACGCCCUCUUCGUCAGGAGCGUCGCGGAGGCCCGGAAGAACAAGGAGCAGCUAGAGCUGUUCAUGUCCAGCCCUACCGCGUUCCAGUCGACGGAGUACGCAAAGAAGGCCAGCGAGCUCGCGAAAGCCUCCAAGAUAGUAGAAACGUACGACGAGCUGCUCGAGGUCGCGGAGGAGAUCGAGGACACGGCGGAGAUCGUGUCCGCGGGCGGCGAGAUGGCAGAGUUGGCCCAGGAGGAGCUCGCGGGGCUGUAUGAGCGGAGGAAUGCACUGAAGGAGACCCUGCAGGUGUCGAUGCUCCCGAAGGACCCCCGCGACGAGGCCAGCAGCGCCCUCCUGGAGAUCAGGCCCGGGGCGGGCGGGGACGAGGCCUCGCUCUGGGCCGAGGACCUCAUGGGCAUGUACAAGAAGUUCUGCGAACUGGAGGGCCUGGAGUGCAAGGUGGUCUCGUUCAACCGGAAGGAGGGCGGGGGUCUCUCGGACGUGUCCCUGGCCAUCAAGGGCGACGAGGUGUACUCGAAGCUGAAGUACGAGGCGGGCACGCACCGCGUGCAGAGAGUGCCGGCCACGGAGGCGGCGGGCCGGAUCCAUACGUCGACGGCGACCGUGGUUCUUAUGCCAGAAGUCGAAUCGGGAGACGUCCUGGAAGACUUCAACGAGAAGGACAUCGAGUUCCAGUUCGUGCGCGCCGGCGGAAAAGGCGGGCAGAACGUGAACAAGGUAAACACCGCUUGCCACGCCACGCACAUCCCGUCCGGGAUCCACGUCUUCUGCAGGGAGGAGCGCUCACAGCUCAUGAACAAGGCCAGCGCGAUCCGUUACAUCAAGGCCCGGCUAAUGAACGCUGCCUUGGAGGAGAGGGACAAGGCCUACUCCAACCUUCGGUCUGCGCAGAUGGGGACCGGGGAUCGGUCCGAGAAGGUGCGCAGCUAUAACUACAAGGAGAACCGCGUGUCGGAGCAUGUCCAAAAAUUUCGUGCUGGACCAGUUCUUGCAGGGCAGAUUGCAGUCGGCAGUGGAGCAGCUCCGCCUCGAGGAACAGCGCAAGAAGCUCGCUGCUUACACGAAGGAGCUGCAGCAGCGGUAGCUCUGGGCCGCCUGUAGAGCGGCCGUCGACAGUUUUCUUUGCAGCGAGAACGGUUUUCCGCGGUCAUUCGACUCGCGCUGCUGCAUGCAUGGCGCUGGAAACUCGCGAGGUUCAGGCGGCUGUUCUGAUCAGCGAAAUGGCCCAGACUGUCGACGUCACUGCUAUUCUGCCGCAGGGGCCGCCCGAAUCGUCAUGACCCCCACGAGGCCCACGAGCGACAUGAGAGUUGGCAGUCUCUUCCGUGUCAAGAAUUGGUAGGCUACCGCUUGUGCUCGCAUUGUCUUCCUGCCCGUGUGCUUUCAGCAAGCACAGCGUCACAAGGCAGGAUCACCUGGAAUGGCAAACAUACGCAUCAUGAGAA